AUUAGGGCAUUUGAGCUUUGCUUGUACCACUGACAUACCAUUACAUACAUCUGCGAACUGCGAACCUCAGAAGAAAGCGACUCCAUCAUCUCCUCCGUCCCAACCAGCCUGUUAUCGUUCUCCGAUCUCCUCCGCCGACUCGAUUCUCCGGCGAAGUAUCGACUUGUUACCAGUCCUUCCUUAAGGAAGUACUGAAAUAUACAGAAGAAAUUUUUCAGGAUAGUUUGGUAUCGUAAUACAAUCUUUUUUUAGCCGUAAUGGAUGUCCGAUCCAAUGUUCGGCUUAUUUCCUACUCACAAGAGAUUGUAGAUGGAAAGCCAAUCCUUGUGUCUUCGAAUUCUCUUCCUAUCAAGCCUUUGAGAUUUGAACCAGCUGGGCAUUCCUUCCAUCGUGCUGCACUUAGACUUGUUGGUCACGUGGAGGAAGUCAUCGAUGAUGGAGAUCAGAAAGUGGCUGAUGACAAGGAACAAAGUUACGUGCCAUCUUCUGAUUCAUACAGCAGUAAAAGUAAAAAGAAAUCAGGUGCUGAGGGCAAGCAGCAAGAUCAUUAUGCAUUGUUGGGUUUGGCCCAUUUAAGAUAUCUUGCUACUGAGGAACAGAUAAGAAAAAGCUAUCGUGAGGUUGCCUUGAAGUAUCAUCCUGACAAGCAGGCUGCUCUUCUCCUUGCUGAGGAAACUGAAGCUGCCAAACAGGCAAAGAAGGAUGAGAUAGAGAGCCAUUUCAAGGCCAUACAAGAAGCAUAUGAAGCGUUAAUCGAUCCCGUGAAAAGAAGAAUUUAUGAUUCCACUGAUGAGUUUGAUGAUGAGAUUCCAACCGACUGUGCCCCACAAGACUUUUUCAAGGUGUUUGGUCCAGCUUUUAUGAGGAAUGGAAGGUGGUCGGUUGCCCAACCAGUCCCAUCUUUAGGAGAUGAUAGUACCUCAAUUGCCGAAGUAGAUAGCUUUUAUAACUUUUGGUACACUUUUAAAAGCUGGAGAGAGUUCCCACAUGCUGAUGAGUUUGAUCUUGAGCAAGCUGAAUCUCGUGACCAUAAGAGGUGGAUGGAGAGGCAGAAUGCAAAACUUUCAGAAAAGGCUAGGAAGGAAGAAUAUGCAAGGAUCCGUUCUCUUGUUGACAACACCUAUAAAAGAGACCCCAGGAUUUUGAGAAGAAAGGAAGAGGAGAAAGCUGAGAAGCAGAAGAAAAGGGAGGCCAAGUAUCUUGCAAAGAAAUUGCAAGAGGAAGAAGCAGCCAGGGCUGCUGAAGAGGAGAGGCGCCGAAAAGAGGAGGAAGAAAAAAGAGCUGCAGAAGCAGCCUUACAGCAGAAGAAGGUGAAAGAGAAGGAGAAGAAACUCUUGCGCAAAGAGCGGACUCGCCUCCGAACACUUUCGAACCCCGCUGUAUCGCAUAAGUUGCUGAAUAUUUCCGCAGAUGACGUGGAAAGUCUUUGCAUGGAACUUAACACCGAGCAGCUGAGGAAUAUAUGCGACAAGAUGGAGGGCAAAGGAGGGAUGGAGAUAGCAGAAGUUCUCAGAGAUGCACGUGGAUAUAGUGGUAAUUCAGAGACUAAGAAAGAAGACGAGAAGAAAACUCCAUUGCAGAAUGGUUCUGUAGAGACUAAUGGAAGUGUCUCAUUUAGCAGCUUUGAGAAGAAAGAAAAACCUUGGGGCAGAGAAGAAAUUGAGCUUUUGAGAAAAGGAAUGCAGAAAUACCCCAAAGGAACAUCUCGGAGGUGGGAAGUUAUAUCUGAAUACAUUGGUACUGGGAGAUCUGUGGAAGAAAUUCUGAAGGCAACCAAAACAGUGCUCCUACAAAAGCCUGAUUCCAACAAAGCUUUUGAUUCAUUUCUUGAAAAGAGGAAGCCUGCCCCGACUAUUGCAUCUCCACUUACAACUAGGGAGGAACUCGAAGGGGUAUCGACCCCUCAGAUGCCUGAAAACGGUGCUUCACAGACAGAUACUUCACAAGAUUCAUCAAACAGGAACACGAACACAAACAAGCAGAAUCCUAGUGAUUCGAAUGCUGCAAAUGGGGUUUCAUCUAGUUCAGAUCAUGACGUGUGGUCCGUUGUACAAGAAAGAGCCCUGGUUCAGGCUCUUAAAACUUUUCCAAAGGAGACAAAUCAGCGGUGGGAGCGAGUCGCUACAGCAGUUCCUGGGAAGACGGUGAAUCAAUGCAAGAAAAAAUUUGCAUCGAUGAAGGAGAACUUCAGAAGCAAGAAAAGUGCUGUCUAGUUUUGUUGGGGUUGCCUGCCUGCCUCUGAUGAUGCAAGAAAUUAGACAGAUGUUGCUCCGAGGAUUUUGGUAUUAUCCGUCUCUUUUAUAUAUCUCAUUCUUUGAAGCUUGGGUUCUUCAUUCAAGCCAUAUAUUAUCUAAAGUUCAAAGAGUAGUAGUUACUCCGGUUUCUGCCAUCUCGAUUUUUGACAUAAUUCCGUACCGGUUUUUACAGCUAAUUUGGAAGAGUGAACAUCUACAUGGUAUUGUUUCCAAAUAUGCUUCAUAUUGUAUCGGGUUAUUUGCAUUGUACUGAGGAAUAUGAUGGUCUCAGUCAGUCCAUUAUGAAAUGAGAGAGACGUUAUUGAUAUUCA